UAGAUAAGUUAUUGAGUUAACCAAACUUGAUAGACUUUUCCCAUACGUUUGAACUAUAUGCACAAGUGCCUACGGUGGCCUUGUAGCAGUUGAAAACGGAAAAAUGUCUACAUUGCUAAUAUAACUUAUGUUAUUUUACAAUGUGCGUUCACCUUAUAACGUUAAGUUAAACAACAAACAUCUAAUGUUAACGUUAGGCUAAGAGCGCUUGCAGAUCGGUGGCUGUCAUAGCUGGUAGUUAACUUGUCUACGAAUGUACGGUUGAGUACUGUAGAGGGUUUUUUUCCCCUUCUUAACUGUUGCCUGUUUACGUCAGGCCUAGUAGAAAUUAUCUGACUGCACGAACGUUACCUAGAAGAUAGCUGAGAAAGUAAUGACUAGAACUAGCUAUCGCGAGCUAACUUAGUAAUCGUUCACGAUACCCCUUAGCAUCAGCCAGUUGCGUAGCAGAAAGACGGAGGAAUCAUGGCGGAGAUGCAGUCUCAAACCAAAACGGCGGGUCUGAAAUUAUUUCAGCCAAACAAUUCUUCUGAAAUAUUAACGUUAGCGAGUUCUCAGAGAGGAAUGAGAGUUUUUGACUGCCGUCCUGAGAGUAAACAAGUCACCGAGCAAGUCGUGGAGGCCACAGGCAAAAAAUUGGAAGGGUUCCUUCAGGAUGUAUCAAAGGCGUUUUCUAUAUCUGGCAAGGAAACCUUUGUGUUGACGACAACUGACAGGCGAGUUAUUGAUGACAACGUAUUUGAUGAGCUUGAAGAUGGAAUCACACUUCAGCUUCUGCGCUCUGCAGACCAGGAGUUGCCAGCAGCAACCCAAGAGCAUAUUAAAUAUGUACCCCACUACUACACGCUGGUGCAGAGUGGCAUGUACGAGUAUUACGCCAGCGAGGGACAAAAGUCACUGCCCUACGCUUUUGCAGAGCUUGUUGACAAUUCCCUCUCAGCCACAGCCAGCAAAGAAGGACUCCGGACUAUUGAAAUUCGGCUGUUGUUUGAUGAAAGUCAGGGUAAACAUGCAGCGGUGGUACUGGAUAAUGGCUGUGGGAUGACCUCGAAGCAGCUGAAUAACUGGGCUGUGUACAGACUGUCCAAGUUCAACCGGGACAACAGCACCAUCCACAGUGAUCACUCGGGGUAUGUGCGGCCUGCUCCGGUCCCUCGGAGUCUCAACAGUGACAUCUCGUUCUUUGGUGUUGGAGGGAAGCAAGCGGUGUUCUACAUAGGGCAGUCUGCACGGAUAAUCACCAAGCCAGCAGCCUCCCCUGAUGUGCAUGAGUUUGUCAUGUCCAAAGAGGACUUUGAGCGGAAGGAAAAAAACAAGGAGGACAUUUACUGUGGAGUCAUCAGGAACAGGAAGCCUGGUGACUGUGCCCAUAUUGUGGUGGAGGAGGAGCUCUUUCUGCAGGCCCUUAUUGCUGAGGAGGAAGACAAGGAGAGUUUCACUGCAGUGGUCAUCACUGGUAUCCAGUCAGAACACAUCACCUACCUCAAGCAACAUUUUGAUUUGUGGACCAGAGAGUUGGCCCACAUAUAUCAUUAUUAUGUACAUGGCAUCCAUGGAAAUGAUAUGAGACAGUCCGCUAAGAAUGUUCAAAAAGAGUCAAAUGUUGACAUUCAGAUCUCUUUGGUGGAGAAGUCUGGUAAGCAGUCACGUCGUGUGAACCUGCGCAACGUAGACAACGACAUGCAGACGCUCUAUAUUAACUCCACCUCGGCCUCCUUUGAGUUCCGCGCCCAGGCCCACGGCGAGGCCACUGUGGAGGGACUGAUCAGGUACCACCCAUUCCUGUAUGACCGGGAGACCUACCCCCAGGACCCCUACGCCAGCCCAGGCCCGGCCGAUGAAGAAGACGAUGAGUGUGAAGUUUUUAAUCCAGUGGGACGGGGCAAGAGGCCUAUUUUUGAAUGCUUCUGGAAUGGCAGGCUGAUUCCUUACACCACCGUAGCUGAGUUUGAGUGGUGUGCAUGCCCAAAGAAAGCAGGAUCAGUACCAGCAGAGUGCUACAAUCGGAUCUCAGGUGUUCUCUUCACCAAUGACUGCUUCCCUGUCAGCACCAACAAGCUCACCUUCAUGGACCUGGAACUGCAGCUGCGAGACAGGGAGACCAUCUUCACCCGGGUCAUCAAUGGCCAGGACCAGAGAGUUAAGAUUCAAAGGGAGUUCACUACUUGGAUGAAGGAAUGCCAUGAGCAGUAUGAUAAGCAGAUCAAGUUCAUGGGUUUCCAGGGUGUGACCACCCGCUCAGACAUUAGCACCAAGAGGCUCCAGUAUCCCUGGGCGCAGUUCAGCACCAUCAGAUGGGAUGGCAAGAUGUACAAAGCUGGCCAACAUGUGAAAUCUGUGAAGACUCAACCCGUGAUUUUUGGCACCAUAAAGGAGUUCUUGCUGUAUGGAGACCAUGAGGGUGAUGUCUUUGCCACGGGGGGCUAUGUCCAAAUCGCCAUGCAACCAAAGGAGCUGUAUGAUGAAGUUCGAACCAUUCCUAUCUUCAAGAUUGACAGGCAGGCUACUGCAGCAGCUAUCAAGAGAAACAUUGAAGAUGAAUUAGCCAAGCUACCCAUAGAAUUGAGGGUCACCUGGCCCGAAGGGAACCCAUGGUCUGACUAUGCAACCAAGCCUGCUGGCACUCCAAUGGGUCCCAUCCAAGUGGAGAUUCUGAAUAAGAAAGGAGAGUCCAUCUCUAAGCUACCUGUGGCCAGUAACACUGCAGGACGGAAAUUUCUCAUGGAACUCAAAGUCAUUUGGCACUCACCCAGAGGUAAAAUCCAAACAAAUUCUCACAUUGGGGUGUACUCAGCCAAAUGGGACUACUGGUUUAAAAAGAUGGAAAAUCUGAACAAGCUGGGGAAAUACACACUCUAUCUGCAGACGAUACUUAAUGAGAACAACUCGAGUGAGUGGGCUGGGAAGCAACUGCCUCACUACACUCUCAACUUCACCUUAACAGAGGGUGAUGCUGAGACAUUUUCAGUAGUUGCCGUGUCCUCGCCUGUCCAGGUGGGGGCACCCUUCUCUCUCUCGCUAGAGCUCAAAGAUGAAUUUGGGCACCCGGCUCGUCCACCAUCCGACCUAAAGACAAAACUGGAAUGCAGCACCCUGGAGGUGACUCAUGAGGGCACUGCCGUCAAUGGAACAACUUUCACCAUCAAAGGUGUAAGAGCCAAAGGCUCAUUAAAAACCAAGGUCCACACAUUGAAGGUUGUAUUAGAAGGCCUCAAACAUGACUCGCAGUCUGUGCAGAUCAGCAUGCUUCCAGGUCUCCCCCACACCCUGCGGGUACUUCCAGAGAAGGAGCUGAUCACUGUGGAGAACAGAACAGCCGUGAGCUUCAAAGUGGAGGUUCUGGAUGAGGCUAAAAACAUCACCACACACUCCAAGCUCAUUGUGCGCUGCCAGUUUGCUGGCGUGCCCGAGGUGCCACUGGAGGCUGUGGACUGCAGUAACACAGGGGUGGGAACGCUGCUGGGGAAACCCCUCCAGCUGAAGAACGUCAAGGCUGUACAGGUCAUCACUGCUGAGUUUGACCUCCCUAAUCACCAGGGAGUGGCAUGUGUCCAGCGGAAGCUGUGCGUGCUCCCCAGUCGCAAUGUGACCCGUGUGGAGGUGUACAGAGUGGAAGCCCAGGGCGACACUCCUAUGGUCAUCAUGAAUUUGGAGCGCAUUGACUGGACUGCUGGUGACACCCUGGGAAGUCUCUUCUACAAACUGUAUGACGAGGGAGAGCGAGAAAUUCCCAUCACCCCAGAGCUCUCUCAAAAAGUGAACUGGAGUGCCAACAUGAAGAGUGGCGAUGUGGCGAUGGGACGUCUGCCCUCUGUGUGUGUGCCCACUCUGGCCCAGGGCGAGCAGUUCUACCAGGUGGCGUUCCAGGGCCAGCCCUCAGUGGAGACCUCCUUCAUCAUCGUGCCUCGCCCAGAUGAGCCAGAUUGCCUGAAGGUGACACUGAGAGAGACAUCUGUCAGACUGGGAGAGGUGCUCGGAGACAUUAAUAUAGAGCUCACGGAUCAGUAUGGCAAUAAGACCGAUGCUUUGACUGCAGAAUCGGUCAAAACUAUCAGUGUGUCUGCUGAUGGACUGGACAAAUCCUCCAUUGUCAUUAAGUGGCAGGACAGUACGCAGUCUGUGUGUGUGCGAGGGCUGCGCUUCAUAGAUUGCGUCCCUGGCCAGAGAGAGGUGCGCUUUGCGUGGCAGCACUACGAGGAGUUUGUUCGCGUCCGAGUCAACGCUGGACGUCCAGCCAAAAUCACCAUCCAGGACGGCCCAGAAAUGGCCCUUCAGGUGCUGAAUGGUCAUGGUGUGGACACAACCGGCCUACACUCAGAGGGGAAGGCCAGCUUCACACUGACACAGGUCACAGCACCAAAGGGGGAGUAUCAGAUGGAGUUCAGAGGCAAAAUGAGCACCAGCCCUAUAUCAAGUCCAGUGUUGCUGCUGAAUGUGAUGCCAGAUCCCUGCAAACCAGUUAAUCUAACGGUGGACUAUGACACCAGUGCAUUGUUUUAUGCGGGCGGGACUUUUCCAGUGUUUACAGUGACAGUCGUAUCUGAAGAUGGAGGAGCGGUGAGGAACAUAAACCCAGCCGGUGUGUCAAUGCUGCUGUGGAAGGGUCAAGCCACUGGUCAGCGACCUCCACCUGAGGCAUCAACCCUGAAGUGUGGUAAACCUAAGAAGACCGAAAAGGAAGAGUGCCUCUAUUUCAGAGAUAAGGUUAUUCCAGAUCGAGUGGGGAAAUACACUGUCCAGUUUGUCCUUUCUGUAGACACGACCAACACAAUUUGGAGUAACCAGCACAUCAUAAGCGUGGUUCCCAGCAAGGCUGUUAAGCUGGUCCCUGAAACCCCGCCUGCCACCCCUGUGGUCUCCAAUAACAACGUCCUGGCCAAUCGGACGCUAGUGGAGAGUCUGUGGCUGAAGAUCAUGGAUGAGUAUAAUAACCCAGCGGGUGAAGACUAUAGUGGACAGGUGCGUGUCUCACUAAAGAACCCAGCAGGUUGUAGCCAGAAAGACCUACCUCUGUUUGAGGGCAAAGCCUCCACUGCCACCUAUCAGCUGACAAAUGGGGAGGCCCACAUUGAGAACCUGGCUCUGGCAGAGAACAGUCCAGGUUGUGACGGAACCGAGUACAUUUUAAUCUUCCAGGCAGACAUUCUCGAGCUGACACCCUUUGAGCUUCCCUUCAGAUUUUACAACGAUGUGGAGAAUCAGAGGCAGAUGUCAGCUCUGACCAAGAAAAAGGAUUGCCUCUCGAUCUCCAUUGAGGUUUACCGCAGUCUGUUUGACACCAACAACCAGCUCAUCUCGGAACUAAAGGGUCAGGUUCAACUUGCUGAAAGCAAAGAAAAGCAGCUUAAAUCUGAAAUCCAAAAAAGUGGCCUUGGCUGCACAUUUAGCACUAUUUCUGCAAUUGGUGAUCUGAUCAAUCAGAAGAGAGCAGAGAUGGAACACAUUAAGAGGCAACCCCGCCGGACAUGCAGCGUCCCCGACCCCUUCAGAACAAGCCCUGAUGUCCUGGGAAAGGUAGCCCACCUGGCCAAAGUGGAGGAGGAUGAUGCUGCCAAGGUCAUCUCCUGGCACCUCCUGGGUGACAUGGACUGUGUGGUCACUGUGACGACAGCAGCAGCGCGAAAGAUCUAUGAUGACACACAUGGUCGACAGCAGGUCAUGCCUCUGGAGACAGUGUUCUGGAAAUGUUCUGCUAGGCCGUUGCCCCACAUCAGAAAUGGCAUGAAUACUUUCCCUCCAGUGGGAAAUCCUGUUUUCGCCCGAGACUUGCUCAUCUUCCCGCAGUACGCCGAUAAAUGCCAGAUGGUCUUUGGAAGCCUGCUGGGGGACACAAUUCUUAUUGAUGACCUUGACUCUGCCAACCACUAUCGGAAGGGGGUGGUGCAGAGCAAAAGUCAGUGUCCCACCCUGUUGACACGGCAAGGGGACCGCAUCCGCAGCAACGGGAAGUUUGGCGGUCUGCAGAACAAAGCUCCCCCCAUAGAGAAGCUGAGGGGUCAUGUGUUUGGAGCCCCCCUCCCCAAAGAGUACGACGCGGCCUGCCGCCACGUGGAGCUGCUGCAGCAGUAUCGCGGCACGCUGGAGAAGUGCCAGGCAGUGCAGGCGGAUUAUGCCGCCCAUGUGGAGUACCUGCAGAGCCCGGAGAUGCAGCAGAAGGAGCGCGAGCUCAGGGAGCAGAGGAAAGAGCUCCAGGACAUUGAAAAGAAACUUGCGAGCACUCCUGUCCGUGCACCGCUUAGUUCUGCUGUGAAACGGGCCCAGGCCCAUUCGGAAGGAGAACCGUCUAGAGCCCCAUCCAAGAGAGCGCGUCUCAAGCCCUGCAGACUGCUUGAUUGAAAAGGAUACUCUGCCUGUGGAAGCUCAGAAGAAGAAUAAUGUUUAAAGAGUAUGAUUAUAUGCUCAGUUCCUUUUAUAAACUGAUUUUAUUUGUUUCUAGUAGUUUGCUCUCCUGUUGUAUUUAAUGUUUAAUUUUAUGAAAUAUUUGUUUGUUCUUUCUGAGAAAGACCUUGACCUUGCUUUACUUAUUACUGCCUGAAUUUAUAUGUGGAUUCACAGAUGAGAAAAUAUGUUGUAAUAUUACUGAUAGAAAAAUCUUCUGAAAUACCUUGACCCUGUUUCUUUCUGUGAACAACAAUAAUAAAGGGAGAAUUUGUAUAUUU